AUGCCCAUCCUCACCAACCCCCUCACAAACGAACCCUACAUCCCGCUCCCCUCCCACCCACACAUCAUCCUCACCCCGCCGCGCGCCCCCAACGCCUCCGACCGCGCCGCCCUCCUCGCCCUCCUCAACAACCCGGCCAUCUACCCGUUCCUCGAAUCCACCCCCGUCCCCUACCUCGCCGCCCACGCCGACGAGUACCUCCAGCGCACCUACGACGAUGCCGUCCGCGCGCUAGACACGGCCGCCGGCACCCCCGACGCCGUCGAUGGUAUGCCUUUUGUUUGUAUCCGGGAUACAUCGACAUCCGCCGCCGGCAGCGGGGAUGCGGGCGGGGGUUGGGGGACCUUCAUCGGCAACAUCUCGCUCUCGCGGUACCAGUUCUACGAGUUCAAGCGGGGGAGUGCCGAGCGGGCGGCGGCGGUGAGUCGCAACGAGGCGUGGCCGGCGGGGAGUGAGGAGAUCGUGUGGGGGUUUGGCGAUUAUCUGUCGCCGGCGUACCACGGGCGCGGGAUCAUGACGGCGGCGAUUGCGGCGGUGAUACGCGAGUGGGCGAUCCCGCGGCUGAAUGCACGCGUGCUGAAGGCGUCGGCGUAUGCGGACAACGCGGCGAGUAUGCGGGUGUUUGAGAAGAAUGGGUUUCGGUUGGAGUGGGAGCUGGAGGAUUGGGCGGUUGUGCCGGAGAAUCGGGGCGGGGGGGUCAAGUCGAUUGUGGUGUUGAAAUGGAGUUUGGAUGAGGGAGAUGCCCAGUGGGGUGGUGGUAUAGACUAA